AAUUUUCUUUUCUCCCUUUUUCUCACAAAUUUUCCUUUUGUAAACCCUUAACCAACCGACCCACUUACCUCUGAUUUCAAUUUUCAUUUUCCUCAACUCUAGGACUAAUGAAACCAACUCAACUCAGAUCCGAAAAACUCUCUUUUCACAAAAAUUCUACGAUCUCUCUCUCUCUCUCUCUCUCCUUUAGCUUUUUUGUUUUCUUCUUUUACUUGACCAAGUCAGACUAGUUUCGUAAUCAACAAUGUUGAUCUGAAAAUUUCAAAGGUUCGUUUAGAUCUACAGAAUUCUCACCUUUUUCUUCUUUGCCGAUCUGGGAUUCUAUAUAUCCUCCAGAAUUGGUUUCUGGGUUCUUUAAAUUUCGACUCUUUCUUAUAAAAAGCUCUCUUCUUUUAAUUAAUUGUGUUGUUUCGGAUAUAUAAAGUUCAAAUCUUUGCAUUGUGGGUUUCAAAAAGGUUGAAUCUUUAAAUGUUGAAUUAGUUUUUGUGAAGAAGGAAGGAAGAAGAUUCAAAAUUAUGGGUUGUAUUUGCUCAAAAGGAGUACGAACUAAUGAUGAUUACAUCGAGACGAAUCAUGUGAGUAUUGGUAAGGAGAAUCCUAAAGCUUCAAAGAAAAAAUCUGAUUCAGAGGAAGCAGGUGUGAAUGGGAACGAAGCUACAUUGAGGCUGAUACCUAAUGAUGAGACCAAGGACACUUUCUCGGAUGAGGAAGUGGAAGAAGAGGAAGAGGAGGAGAAGAAAGAGAUUAGUUUUGAGAGGAAAGCUUGUGAAUCUGUGUUGCAGAAAGCAAACGUUUUGGAGUUAGUUGAUAAUGUAGGACCAUUGCAGCCUAGAAUGAGUAGGAUUGGUAGUGUUAGUAAUGGAGAUAGAGCAGCUAAAGUUAUUGCUGGUUGGCCUUCAUGGUUAGUUUCAGUUGCUGGUGAAGCUAUCAAUGGAUGGCUUCCUCGUAGUGCUGAUUCGUUUGAGAAGUUGGAGAUGAUUGGGCAAGGGACGUAUAGCAGUGUGUACAGAGCCCGUGAUCUCGAAACUAAUCAAAUAGUUGCACUUAAGAAGGUUCGGUUUGCUAAUAUGGAUCCUGAGAGUGUGCGGUUCAUGGCGAGGGAGAUAAUCAUCCUUCGUCGACUUAACCAUCCAAAUGUUAUGAAGCUUGAAGGGCUGAUCAUAUCAAAGGCUUCAGGAAGUAUGUAUCUCAUCUUUGAAUAUAUGGACCAUGAUCUCGCAGGUCUUGCAUCAACCCCUGGGAUUAAGUUCUCUCAGGCACAGAUUAAAUGUUAUAUGAAGCAAUUGCUGCUUGGGUUAGAACAUUGCCAUAGCUGUGGUGUGUUGCACCGUGACAUCAAAUGCUCAAAUCUUCUGCUGGAUCGUAACAAUAAUCUUAAGAUUGGUGAUUUUGGUCUUUCUAACUUUUACCGGGGCCAACGAAAGCAGCCUCUGACUAGCCGUGUUGUGACAUUGUGGUACCGACCACCUGAACUUCUGCUUGGGUCAACUGACUAUGGAGUUACUGUUGAUCUGUGGAGCGCAGGAUGCAUACUUGCUGAACUUUUCACUGGAAAGCCUCUUCUGCCCGGAAGAACCGAGGUAGAGCAGAUGCACAAGAUAUUUAAACUCUGCGGAUCACCUUCUGAGGAGUAUUGGAGAAGAUCACGGCUGCGGCAUGCAACCAUCUUUAAACCUCAACAUCCAUACAAGCGAUGUGUAGCUGAUACAUUUAAGGAUCUUCCUCCUUCAGCUUUGGCCUUCCUUGAGGUUCUUCUAGCUGUAGAACCAGAUGCACGUGGAACUGCAUCCUCCGCCCUUCAAAGCGAGUUUUUCACAACAAAACCUUUUCCAAGCGAGCCGUCAAGUCUACCAAGAUAUCCGCCAAGAAAAGAAUUUGAUGCCAAGCUUCGAGAGGAGGAAACAAGAAGAAGGAAAGGUGCAAGCAGUAAACAGAAUGAACCGAAACGGUUGUCUAGAGAGUCCAGAGCUGUACCGGCGCCUAGUGCUAAUGCUGAAUUACUGACAUCAAUACAGAAACGUCUAGGAGAGACUAACCAGACAAGUGUGAGUGAGAAGUUCAAUCCUGAGGGAGAUUCUGGUAAUGGCUUCCGGAUAGAACCACUGAAGGGCAAUACUGCGCAAAAUCCGUACCCAGUCUACACAAACGGAGACGUUCAUUCAAACGGAGUUAUGAUGGUGAGAAGAGAGGGAGGAUUCAAUACUCAGGACCAUUGAUUCCAGGAGAAGGGAACUUGGAUGAGAUGUUGAAAGAACAUGAAAGGCAGAUCUUGUUAGCUGUACGAAGGGCUCAAGCCGACAAGGCUAAGAGAGACGAGAACCGACAGGCUCAAGCCUCGUUUCCAGCUAAUGGAAGGUGAUAUUUUGGUAGUUUCUAAGAGAAAGUAAAACCAUAAUAAACAAACUUUUUGGGAAAAUCUCCACCAUGCUUGCCCUUUCUUUAUCUUUUUUUUUGGUUUGCUAGACUUGUUUGGUUUAGAAGAAAGGGCUUAGGACUUAGGAUCUUGCGUUGUAUAGCCAAAUCGCUAACAGUUUACCUGACUUAUAUUAUAAUAUUCUCCAUUCUUUUUA